GCUAGUUACGUCGGAUUGAAAAGUUAUGCUUGAUAUAUCUACUGAAAUUUUUACUGUGCUUCCAACAGGCCUUUGUGAUUUCGUUUUCCAUUCGUCCCCUAAUCGGUUUUUCUUUUUUUGGCUGUUGCUUGAGUUUGACAGCUCUCUCUGAUGCAUGCACGUUUAUGUUUUCAUUUUACGUUCGUCGCGAGUGCGAGCACAUGUUUUUCGGUCGGUUCGGUUCAGUUCGGAACAUCGGAACGGAUAAAAUUGCGGAGAAAAGUCGAUUAUCGGACAGUUUUAGUCAUCAUCAGCCACAAUGGGCAAGAAAGGAAAAGUAGGAAAAGACCGGAAGGAUAAGUUCUACAAAUUAGCCAAGGAAACCGGAUACCGUUCUCGUGCCGCCUUCAAGCUUAUCCAGCUGAAUCGUCGCUUUGGGUUCCUUCAGCAGUCGCAGGUUUGCAUUGAUCUUUGCGCUGCGCCGGGAGGAUGGAUGCAAGUGGCGAAGCAGAACAUGCCGGUGUCCAGUGUGGUGGUUGGAAUCGAUCUGUUCCCGAUUAAAAACGUCCCCGGAUGUAUCAGUUUGGUGGGGGACAUUACCAGCGACAAGACGAAGGCAGAUUUGGCAAAGGAGUUGAAGACCUGGAAGGCCGACGUGGUGUUGAAUGACGGUGCCCCGAAUGUGGGUAGGAACUGGUUGUUCGAUGCGUACCAGCAGGUCUGUUUGACGUUGAGCGCGGUGAAGUUGGCAACGCAGUUCCUUCGACCUGGAGGGUGGUUCGUAACGAAGGUUUUCCGCUCCAAGGAUUACAAUGCACUGAUUUGGGUGUUGAAGCAGCUGUUCAAGAAGGUGCAUGCGACGAAGCCAUCGGCUUCGAGAAACGAAUCGGCGGAAAUUUUCGUUGUUUGUCAGCACUACCGGGCGCCGGAUAAGAUCGAUCCAAGGUUCCUGGAUGCGAAAUAUGUGUUUGAGGAGUUGGACGUUGAACCGCAGGUGAAAGUGAACCUGCUCAAGGAGGUGGAGAAGGCCAAGAAGCCCAAGGUUGAAGGCUACGAUGGGACGGACGUUCGCAAGAUUAUCACCGUGACGGAGUUUUUGAAGGAAGAGAAACCUCUUGCUUUGUUGGGUCGUGUUACCGAGAUUAAGUUUGACGACAAGGCCAUUUCAAACCAUCCCCGAACGACUACGGAGAUCAAAGAAUGCUGCAAGGAUAUCAAAGUCCUGGGAAGGAAAGAUUUGCGAGAUUUGCUGAAAUGGCACAAGAUGAUGAGCAGCGAACUGUUCCCGCAGGAGGAACAACAAGAGGAAGUCAAGGGCAAAGGCAAGAAGAUCACUAAAUUGAAUGAACAACUCGAAAAGGAAGAAAAUGAGGAGGAUGACGAGGAAACGGUCGAGUUGAAGUCUAUGGAAAAGGAGAUCGCCGAACUUAGGAAAGAGGAGGAACAGGAUGCCAAGCGGAAACGAAAGAAGGCCAACAAAGAACGCGCCAAGCUGAACGAAAAGUUGAGCUUAAAGAUGGUCAUCAAGGGAGAUGAAGGACCUACCGAGACGGCGGAUGCCAUGAUGUUCAGUUUGAAUGCGGUGCGGAGUAAGAAGCAGAUGGACGAUCUGCUGGACGCCGAUCCGGAUGUUCUUAUGGAGCCAGGUUUCCACGAUGAUGAUGAUGACGGUUUGCCUAAGAAAAAGCAGAAGUUCGUCAAGUAUGAUAAGGAAACGAAGGGAGAUCUGUACGAAGAUGAUAAGAUUCUAGCGAAAAAAUCAGACGAUGAAGAUAGCGAUGCAGAUUUGGAUCGGGAAGGGCUUGGAUUGGAUGAUACGGAGGAGUUACAAUUCGAGAAAGAUGACGAGGCCGAGGAAGAUGUGGACAGUGACAAUCCAGACGCGCAAAAUCCUUUGAUAACAGAUUUGGACUAUCGGGAUAAAGAUGAGAAGCGUCGUCAGAAGGCGCAGUUAUGGUUUGAGAAAGAUACAUUUAAGAAUGUAUUGGCGGGUGAAGACCAAGCAGUUGAUUACGAUCUGGAUCGUUUAACGGAGAUGUACAGAAAAUCGGGAGCUAAAAUCAUUGGAGACGACGACAAAGAUAAGCCGUUGGGUAAGAAAGCUCGCCAAAGAGCGAAACACGACGUCGCCAAGGAAGAUUCCUCCUCGGAUGACUCGGAUUCUGAAGCAGAAGCAGAAGAAGAUCAAAGCUACGAACACAAAACCGUGGAGAAAGUUGGCGGUAAGGAUGGUUUCGAAGUCGUUUCAACCGAAAAACGCGAGAAGAAGGUCAAACUGAACGAACAGGAACUGGCCUUGGGACAGUUGCUCGUCAGCGGCAAGAAAACCCGUCGAGAUUUGAUAGACGCCGCGUGGAAUCGGUACAUGUUCAAUGAUAGUAAUCUACCAGACUGGUUCGUCAAGGAUGAAGAGAAGACCAUGAAGAAGCAGGCACCGGUGCCACACGAAGUCGCAGAAACGUACAAGAAGAGCCUCGAGGAGAUGAAUGUGCGGUCGAUCAAGAAGGUGAUGGAGGCCAAGGCCCGCAAGAAGAAGCACGCCACCAAGCGGCUGGAGAAGAUUAAGAAGAAGGCCGAAACUAUCAUGGAGAACGUGGACAACACAAACCAGGAGAAGAUCCGGCUGCUGAAGAAACUGUACAAAAAGACGGACGCCAAGAAGAAGGACAUUACGUACGUGGUGGCCAAGAAGUCCGGCACCAGCGGAAAGAAGGUUCGCCGACCGAAGGGUGUGGAAGGACGGUUCAAGGUGGUCGAUCCGCGUAUGAAGAAGGAUAGGCGAGCCAUGGACGCCAAGGAGCGGCGGUCAGCCAAGAAGGGAGGAGGAAAGAAAGGGGGCAAAGCCAAGCCCGGAAAGGGAGGUAAAGGCAAGAAGAAGUAAACGGGCAAAACGGUAAGUUUUAUCGUUGUGUUUCUUUGUCCUUCUGUGUGGUGAGUCACCGUGUGACGGGAAUUUUUAGUUAAGAAUAUAUUGCUGAGAAAAAUGAA